AUGGCCAUGGGCUAUGGAGGGAGUGAUUCAAUUAUUAUCACUACCGCAAUCUUUUUGAAUAUCUCGCUGGUCGCUGUCUCUCUUCGGUGUUUCGUUCGAUUGAAAAUAGUCAAGGCAUUUGGGUAUGAUGAUGCUUUGAUGGUUGCAGCGAUUAUAUUUAAUAUCGGAUUUGCCACCUGUGGGAUUGUGGGUGCCGUAUAUGGCAUGGGGAAGACUCCAGCCUAUCUAGCUCAGCACCGAGAGGACAUACGACGUGGUUUGUUGGUAAGUGAUUGCAGCUGUUCAAAGUUGAGAUUCACUAUUUACCUGGUGUCGUACGACAAGUUUUGGUGGUUAGGGCAGAUCCUUUACGCAUUUACAGUCACAAUCGCCAGGAUAUCUAUUGCCUUGACUAUAAUUCGACUUACGAUUGGUCGUACUCACUUGGCUAUUCUGUACGGAGUAAUCAUAUUCUCAACUGCGGUCGGGACUGUUUUUCUAUUCUUCUCCGUUUUCCAAUGCCGUCCAGUUCCAUACUAUUGGAAUCAUUAUCCGGAAACUGGGCAUUGUCUCGACAUCAACAUCCUCCUCGGCAUCGUGUAUAUGUACAGCGGAGUGACCGUCACAUGCGAUUUCAUUCUUACAAUUUUUCCCAUAUACUUAAUCUGGAGGCUCCAAAUGGAUCGCCGAGCCAAGGUUGCUGUAUCGGGGAUAUUAAGUAUAGCCGGAAUGUUCGUCUCAUCUGCCUUUUCACAAUCCAAUUAUUGA